AUGCAGGGUCUGAGCUCCCGUGCUCAUGCGUUCUCGGUGGAGGCUCUGGUCGGGAAACCCUGCAAAAGGAUGAAAGUGUCGGACUCAAGUUCAGCCGAAGACACCGGCAGCGAUACGAGCAUCAUCACCGGCCUGAACGAAUAUCCGGUCAGCCAGAUGAAGAAAGCAGGUUCCAGUCCGCGGAGGUCAGAGGACUCUUCCUGUGAUCCGGAGACACUGGCUGUCAGGUCCGGGUCCACAGAGGCCGACCCGGGUGGAGAGGAGCACACGCCGAAGGAGAGCGACCGUCUGCCGGACAGAGAGGUCCGGGUAGAGCUGCAGGGCUCCGAGCUGUGGAAGAGGUUCUAUGAGAUUGGCACCGAGAUGAUCAUCACCAAAGCUGGCAGGAGGAUGUUUCCCUCAGUGCGCGUGAAAGUGCGCAACCUGGACCCGUGCCAACAGUAUUAUGUCGCCAUGGACGUCAUGCCCGUGGACUCCAAACGCUACAGGUAUGUGUACCACAGUUCGCAGUGGAUGGUGGCGGGAAACACGGACCACUCGUGUAUCUCUCCCAGACUGUACGUGCACCCGGACUCGCCGUGCGCAGGGGAGACGUGGAUGCGUCAGGUCAUCAGCUUCGACCGGGUCAAACUCACCAACAAUGAAAUGGACGAUAAGGGACAUAUCAUUCUCCAAUCGAUGCACAAAUACAAGCCACGUGUGCAUAUCAUCCGACAUGACCCUCGGAUGGACCUGUCACAGAUCCAGUCUCUGCCGGCUGAAGGAGUGCACAGCUUUGCCUUCCCAGAAACGGAGUUCACCACGGUCACAGCCUACCAGAACCAACAGAUCACCAAACUGAAGAUCGACAGGAACCCGUUUGCCAAGGGCUUCAGAGAUCCAGGAAGGAACAGGGGGGUGUUGGACGGCCUGUUGGAGUCUUAUCCCUGGAGGGGCCCACUCAGUUUGGACUUCAAGCCGUUUGCCGUGCAGCUCCAAGGGAGCUCGGGGUCGACAACUGCCAGUGUUUCUCCUCUGAAGACUCAGCUCCCUUUCUCCUCUUCCUCAUCCUUUUAUCCGUUCUCUGUGUCGGCGUUCUCCUGCCAAGACGCUGCCGCCCUCCACACCCUGGCCCUCCCCCUCUAUACAAAGACCUCGGUGGUGUCCCCUGCCUCCCCGCUGCCCGCCAGAGCCUUCUCCUCUCUGGGAGCCGACAGACUACGAGGCCUCCCCCCACUGUCUCCUCUAACAGACCUCCCGCUUCUCUCUGCACUGCAGGGAAAGAAACCUCCUCACUGUAGAGAUCCAUGCCUUCACGGUUCUCCGGGGAGCUCCCCUUGUCUGAUCCCCGUUCACAGCCCCAUCAGCCCUCAGGGGUCUGCUUCUUCUCUUCUUCCCCACCUCUCUGAUGCUGCUGCCGGCCCCUACUGUCUCUACCGUUACAGCUUCCCCCUAAACGCCCAACUUGCAGCUAUUUCCCGGCACAGCAAACUAACUGAAGAUACCACAGACUGUCUGCUGCGCCAGUCUCCGUGGCACCCGACCACCAACCACUGCCUCUGACAGCUGGACCGCACUUGCAGGCUCCGGCCCAUUGAGAGUAACGAGCCAAAGCUUGUUUCAGACUUACAACAAAACAGAAAGGGCUGCUUCUCUGUAGGAGACGAGAAGUAACAAAACAAAGAGUCAAUAUGAAGACAGAAUUGUGACUCAUGUUCUAAAAAGCUGUUUUUCUUUUUUAACCAUGUGCUGGAUUUACCACCACAAAAACUGAUCCUGAAGCAGCUCAUCCACACUGUGCACGAUCAAUAUGCUGAACGUCGGAGAGAGCACAAAUGUAGACAGGAUGUAGAUUUCUUUUGGGACAGAAAGCACAGUUUUUAAUGCCGCCAAAGAAACAUUUAAUUCACCCAGUGAUGUUACCAAAGAACUGCUGCAAUAGGACCUAAGGUAUGUAAUACUAUAAAUGUCAAUGAACAUGACUGUUAAACUGACCAUAAGUGCCCAUUAAAGUAUUUUUCAUACUUAUGUAGAAAAUGCACCAGUAUUCAGAGUAUUCACAGUCAUUCCAUACAGUAAAACCAGAGAGGGGGUAAAAGAGACCACAUUCAUUAUGUUGUAUUCAUAUAAAACUGACAUUCCCAAAAUGGGUCACAACUGGCAGAGAAAAAUACAUAAUAAUAUUAUGAUCAUUAUGUAUUUUAUUUAUGUAUAUUAGCAUUUCAGUUGUUGCUUUCUUGUUUGUUAGUUGAUGAGCAGUGUGUUGCUGGCUAACAUUACUUUUCAGUGUGGGAAAAAUGGUGAAAACCCAAUUUAUUU